UUGCUUUUAUAAGAAGUCUUGUUUAUCAAAUAAAUAAACUCAUUAUGAUGCCAACUUCUGAUUCAGUCCCAAAGUGUUCCAUAGAAUCUUCCAGUGACAACAUAUCGCCCGAGGAACGACCUGAAUCUUUAAAACUUAAUUCUGCACCCUUUGAUUGCUGUCAUCUUGCACCCCCAACUUCCCUUCUUGGACGAACGUUGUCGGCUUCUGCAAUUGAUUAUCGUGGUGCUUGGCGUAGUAAAAACAAAACACAUUUGGACGGAACCAAAAAUUUUCAGGAACGUUUAAUUUCUUCGCCAGCCUCUUCGACUUCUUGUGUUCAACAAUCCUUGAAACGCAAAUUAAGUAAUUCGAGUGUCAUAACAGGUUUUGAUCUUCCUGAAAUCAAUGUCGGUGGUGAAAAUGCUAAAAUGUUCUUACCACAUCAUACAAUAUUAAAUCAGGAAGGAUUUAUAAGUCGUCCGAGUUCGCCUGCCGCUACUAUUGUUGCUACGUCACGGAUGCCAAUGCUUACACGAGGUAGAGUUGCAUCAAUUCGACGGGAAUCAGAUUGUAGCACUGAAAAUGAGGCUGCCCACGAGAAGUUGAUCAAAACUUCGCAGCAAGUCUCUCUUGGCUUUGAGGAUUUUUGUCUGGAUGACAAACUAUUUGAAGAACGUAAACGGGCCAAAUCUUUGACUGAGCCCAUUUCAGUUUUCACGAACGCUUUUCUUCCGCAAAGUUCAACUCCUUCACCAACUCGAAAUGUUGUUGACUCAUUGCAAAAACAAUGCUAUUCUCCAUCAACUCAACAGGUUGUUCGAGCGAAUAUUUCUUAUUCGCCCAUUCCGAGUCCAACAACUCCUGCCAGUCCUUAUAAUCGAAUGAGAAGCAUGUCACCUAUUGCUGUUCGUCAGGUUUCUAAAAGGCGUUAUACAGCAUCCAGUGGGAAUGGAUUUGGAAAUCAAAGUUCUGGCUCUGGUUUGGAUAGUGACGGGGAAAACAGUUCCUUUGUACCUUCUAAUUCUAAACGUCGCUGUACUGCUUUAUUGCGAUCGGCGAUCAGUUCAUCAUCUUCGCCUCUUGUUCGAGAAUCCACUUCAAAUGUUAAUUUACUUUAUUAUCAACAGCAACAACUAGAGCGGCUUUCAAGCAAUUUUGAUAAAGAUUCAAAGCCUGUUUUAGAAGUGGCCGUCUCAUCUUCGAUUGAUUCAAAUACUACUGAUGUUGUAAAAUCUUCAUCUACAGCAGAAUCAACUACUCCACUUUCCCGCUUAUUAGUUGACCCACAAAUUGCAAUUGAAUGUUUUCAAUCAUCUUCUGCUGUAUCUCGUGAAGAUGAGGAUUCCUCACCAAUUGCUGAAUCGGUACUUUGCUCUUCAUUUUGUUCUGGGGCUGGUUAUGAUGCGAAUUCAUCCACAACUUUUUCGUCAAGAGCAAAUACACCACAUUCUGAAAUGCUUGAAAGCUCAGGAGUAGAAAAUGAUGCUUCCCUUUCUCUGUUGCUUCCACCGCAAUCGUCUUGCUCCUCGGAUUGUUCAUCCCAGCAUUCUAUAUCUGCUGUUGCCACUAAUCAAAAGAAUCUGCUACCAACCACAGUCAACUUAUCUUCAUCUAAUGAAGAGCAGAUCGGCAACGAAAAAUAA